UUACGUGAAAUAAACAAUUUAUUGGCAUGGAUAUAAUACUGCCAAAUGUGCGUUUGCAGGAUGAGCAAAAAUUUCUGGAUUGCGCAGCUAAAUUUAACUAUGACGCAUUUCAAGCGCAAAUGUUUGUGUUUUGCACAAACCAAAGUGAUGUGGAUGCAUAUCCGCUAAUGGGUGACGAUCGUUUGCAGCAAUUGAUUUAUGCGUGGGAUACGUGCGAUGUGCAUAACAGAGAAUGCAUAACAGAGGAGCUGGAGCAUAUGUUGAAAGUGCUGGCGCAUCAUACGCUGCAGCUGUGGUUCGGCGAGGAGUGGAAAUACAGCGUGGGCAGUCUCAAACGCAUGUUGUUGUUCUUUUUAAACAAAGGCUGCAGCGCGCUAAUGCAAGUUAAAGGACUUUGCGGUAUUGAUUGGCACUACUUGUUAAAUUUGCAAGCAGCACCUUGGCGCUUGCCGUACCUACAGCAAUUGUUUAUUAAUCUGCGUAGAAACAAAAAGCAAGAAAUAGAACAUGAUGUGCCAGCAGCUACAGCGGAGGAUGUAACUUAUUAUCAACAAGAGCCGCUGUACUUAAUAAUCUUGCGGCUGAUAAAACUUUUUGAUGCCGGCAACUGGGAAGCUGUAAAGCAAUUGUCACUGCGUGUGCUCUCAGCUUGGCUACAGCUGCAUGCCACAAGCAGCGCGCAGUGCCUGCAACAGGAUAAGAACAUAACACUUGUAGCGCAUCUCUAUCUGAUGACAGUCUUUGGUGCGGAUGAUAAUGCAGGCUUUAAGAUAGACAAUCUGAUGUACAACAUACGCUUCUAUAUGCGUGGCCUGCAGGAACAGCCCUGUGUGGAGCUACUCAGCUAUACGCCUGCGCUUUUGAUAGCGCAUAUUUGCGUGCUGCUGGGGCUGGGCAAGCACAGCUUCUUCGAGCAAAUUGUGUUUAAGCAGUUUAGCUUGAAUCUGGUGCAUCCCUUUGCUGUUGCCUUGGAGGCUUAUGCCAGCUAUGUGCUGGGCAAUCAACUGCUGGAGCUAAUGGCGCUCAAUGAGCACGACUUUAUGGCGCAAUUUGAGCAGUUCAAGCAGCUGAUGCAACACUAUGUGAACCAGCGUGAACUAAGCGAACAAUUUCUAUUCAACGAGCUGCAGAAACAGGAAGCGCAAAGGAACAGCCACUGCCUGCCGCAUGUAGUGAAGCUGAAUCUCAACUUUCAGCAUUUGAUAUGCAAGGGCAACAGAGCGAGUAAUAUAGGCAACUAUAAGAACUGCGAUGAUGAUGAGAAACCAAUGCUAGUGCCUGAAGCGGACGAUGAGCUGGACAGACAAAUCGAUCCCAUAUUUCAAAAUGUGCCAUACAAUGCGCAAGUGUUGGAUUUUGUUUAUAAAUUGCUAUCGCAGCGCAGCCACCGAGGCUGGCAGUUUGCAAAAAUAGCUUUGCUGUUGAAGAUCAUUGGACAGAAACUGAAUACCAUAGAGGUAUGGCGCUAUCAUCCUGGACUCACUACACAAUUCAUGCUUAAUCUGGAGCUUAAGCUGGCCGACAGCUACGCCGACUUGGCCAAGGUUUUUCACGAACACGCAUUCAUGGAGGCCGAGUUCUGGCUAACCGCGUUCUAUUUGCAUCCCACACGCGCCAAUUAUAUCGAAGUCAAGCGCUGUUCGCGCAUUAAAACAAAACGCUUGGAGGAGGACGAGCCCAUGCCCAGUCGUCCGUCGCGUUGCUUUAAAAUUGAGAAUGCCAAAUAUGAGCUGCUGAGCUCCACAAUCGAUGUGGAUGAAAUUGUAGCGGUGACCAAUCACUACGAUGCUGUUACUGACUACGAUGCAGUCUUAAGGAUACUGCAGGCCUUGCGCCUGCCACGCAGCAUUGUUAAGGAUCUGCUGACUGUUGCCUUUCUGCCGCGCAAUAAACGCUACUCCUGGGCGCUGGACUGGAGCACGUUGCAAGAGCGCUGCGAAGCGCUGCUGAAAAGUCCCGAGCUAAAGCGCAAAUUUGUGGCACUCAACAUGGCGGAGGCGAGUGAUGGCCUGAAGUUCUUGAAAAUAGAUUAUGCCAAGUAUAAGAAUAGACCGCAGCUGGACUAUGGCAGCAUAGAGCAAGGCUAUGAGGCAGCGGCAAACAUGCCAGAGGAGCACGAAGAGCAGCCAGCGCCAGAGCUGGAUGCGGAGGCGGCACGCGAGAAGGCGGCGCUUGAAAGAAAACGCAAACGCAGCAAAUUUUGGGAUGAAGUGAGUGAAGAUGAUGAGGAGGAGGAGCAGCAGCAAACGGAUGAGGAGGAAGAUUAUUAUACAGGCGCGGGGCGUAGAACACGCGUACGCGCUGCUGCUGUAGUAGCCAAUGCUAUGAUCUCAGACAUGGAAAGAGCAAUGCGCAGUGGCCGCGUGCAGACGUCAGCGGAGCAAGCAGAAGAGCUGCAAGUGGAAGAUGCGCCACCACUGCCAGCAGCAGAACCAGAGCAGCCAAAGCGUCGCUUUGGUGAGCUGCUACAAGCCUGCGCCAAAGUGAACAACACGACAAGUGGAUUUAGUGCCAUUACUGAUAUUUGGAACUGUGACAAGCAGGAGUUGCAGCAUAUCGAGGCGGAUGACUGCAUGUUUAUGGAAAGCAGAGGCUUGAUGGCCAAGUUUAUGCAGCUGCAAGAGAAGAAGGAGCAGCAGCAGCUGGAUCAGCCGUUGGAUGAAAGCAGCGAAGCAUCCUCCAGCACUUCGAUGACUGCGCUACAUGGCGAAGACUCGGCCAGCGAUUCGGCAAGCGGCGUAAGUAAAGCGUUAAGGCCAACAACUGUAUUAACAAUCGCGACUGAAGGUUUGCAGCAACCAGUAACAACAACAACUAGUGAAGUGGAGACUAUAACAGCAACUGAAGGCGAAAGCGAGGAGGAGCGCAGAGUGCAGACAAUAACAACAAUUGAUGCGGCAAAACUUGCAGCGGAGUGUCUAACGCGUCAGCUGGAAAUACGUUUAAAGAAGUUGACAUCGCAGGAUAUUGAACAGCUGCGUGGACUGCGCGUGUUGAUCAAACGCACAAAUUUUGAAUCAUAUUACAAAGCAAAGGCAGAGGAGGCCACCACGCCGCCAACGGAGGAAGCGCGCACACGUUUAGUAGCAUUGGGACGACCACGCAUGAAGCAGCUGCAGCGUCUUAAGCCCAACCAAUCGGACUCCUCCAGCUCCACCGAAACAGAGGACAAAGUGAAGGCUUGUCCUGCCUCGCAGCGACGCAAGCGCGUGCUCAAAGCCCAACAAGCCAGCAAAUCCAUCAAGCAGCUCAAGCGCAAGCGACCGCGUCACAUAACCGCCGAUGUCAUUGAGCUCAGCUCGGAUUCCUUGAGCAGCUCGCUGUCGCCGCUGCCACUGAACAUGCCCGUGACCGUCACUGUGCACUCACACUACGCACACUUGGACGAUCCGCUCUAUGAGGAGGAAAUUGUGCCGUUCUAAGCCAGAGCUCCAGGCAAAACGUGUGCGCAACGAAUGCAGCGAACAGUUCGAGGGUUGCUUUGAAAAUUGAAUUAGCUGCGCUUGUUAGCAUGCAAUUAGCCUGCGGCCAAAUAGCAUUGAAUUGUAUAUUACAUGUGUGUGUGUGUGUGUGUGUGUGUAAUGCCCGCUGGCUAAUAUUUAUUUGUACAGCAAAGCAGCUCAAUAUCCUGCAGAUGCAUCAACUAAAAUUAACUGCCAACUUACUCUACACUUCAAUAGCAAGC